AUGGGUAGGAGCUCGGACAGAACAGCCCAGGCACCCCAGCCAAAUCGAGUCGAUGAAAAGAGAAGGUUGGAGGAUGGCGAUGAGCCGACCAGCGUCCGCUCGAAACGGCGUGGCAAUGAAUGCAAGCGUCGCAAAGUCAAGUGUAGCGGGUCGAAACCUUGCCAACGAUGCGACAACCUGUCACUCGACUGCGUCUUCACUCGCAGUUAUUACUCAAACUCCAUCCGGGAUAACGAGGAAUUCAUCCAAAUGAGAAAUCAAAUUGCGUUCCUGCAGAACCAGAUCAACGACCUCAGCAACAGUCGCAGCGACCCAAGCACACCUCCUGUGCCCAACGACCGCAACGAGGGUCACUUGGUGGCUUCGUCGAUGUCCAAAACCCUGAGGACGGUCCCUGCUGGGUCGCCAGGCUUGGUGGACACAGAUAUCGCGCAAUUCCAUGGACCUACGAGUUCCAUGUACGGCUUCGACAUUGCUAAUUCCACCCUGCAGAGCAUGGGAAUCACACCCGCGCCGUCCGACCCGGGGCCUCUUCCCGAGACGAGGAGUACGUGCACACCACCCAAAUCUUCCUUGGCUAUCGAACUGUCCGGCGACCCUUUAUGGGCUGUCAACCAAGCAGAAGCCAUUCGUCUGUGCAAGGUAUAUGACGAGGAAAUUGGGAUCAUGUAUCCCCACAUUGACAUGGCCAAGGUUUUCAGACACGUCCAUGCCCUGUUCACAUGUACACAUGUCACCAUCUCCGUCCCGGAUGGAUCAGGACAGUUGUAUUUUCAGGGAACCGAUCCGCUCGACAAUGAGGAUGUCAUAAUUGUGAAAAUGGUGGUGGCGAUUGGGCUAUUGCUGGUGAACAGUGGGAAGAGCGAUCUCAGCCAGCAGCUGUACGACUCGAUCCAAGACAACAUCAACGCAAAGAUUCUGAGUGCGCUUAGUAUCAGGUCGGUUACUCUCUUCAUUUUGACGGCCCACUUUCAUUUCCAGAAGGAUGAGGAGGCACAGGCAUGGCGUUUUAUAGGGAUCGCGGCGCGACUGUGUUUAGAAAUGGGGCUUCAUCGCAGCGAGAAUAUCUCCAAAUCCUUUCCCGACGAGGCUGAUCGCCUGGAAGCAGUAAGAAACUUCUGGGUUGUGUACGCUCUCGAUCGGCGCUACAGUUUUGGCACAGGGCUACCGUUUGCUUUGCAGGAUCAACAUCUCGAUCGUUCCCUUCCCGGACCGGACAAUGCAUUUCCCUAUCUGAAGCAUAUAACCGAGUUCAACCACAUCGCCGGCAAAGUUUGGCACGAAAACAUGGUUUACAAACCGGACGAUAAGGACAGGCGUGACGCGGUUGCCUUCUUGGACUACCAAAUCUUACAGUGGUACUCUCAACUCCCCGAGUCGCUCACAUUUAGUAAAGAUCUUCUUGUCGAGCAGCGAAUUCCCAGACGCGGUGCGCGACGGCUUCGAUUUCUCAUGUACCUGCGGAAGAACCAGGCGAGAAUGUCAGUCUACCGACCCAUCCUGUACUCAGCCACGAGCAUCAGAGAGAACCGACAGUUGGCCCAAGAGGUAGUCGACGUGGCCAAGGACACGAUCCUAACCAUCUCUAGCAUCAACGAGGUCUCGGAUCUUUACAGCACGCAACAAGUCUGCUACAACUACUUUCUAGUCCAGGCUAUGGCGGUCAUCUUUCUUGCCGUAUGUCACGCUCCAGCCGACUUCUGCGACCAGACGCGAGACGAAUUCUGCACCGUGGUUGAGCUCAUUAAGGGAUUCAACACCAGCUCGUAUAUUGCCAAGCGAGUGUGGCAGACGAUACGUAGACUCCGCGAGAUUGGCGACAAGAUUGGACUUCUCGCGCGCCGCGUUUCGGAGCCUGGGCAUGACGCGCAACCGCAUGACGCCGCGGCCGCAGCAGCAGCUGUCGCGGGCUUAAGCGCUCACCACCACCAGAAGAUGGACGAUCCUUUCAGCCUUGAACAGCCACACGCGGCCACGGGCCACGAACUGGAUUGCUGCCCCGAGGACGGCUAUCAGAUGAGUGGCGAGUUGACGAGUUUGUUUGCACUUGCCGGAGAGUACAGCGGACUGGGUCUAGCAAUGGGCGACGACGAUCAUACCUAUGCGGACGGGGACGGCCCCAUGGGCAACAACGGCCAAGGAAUGAGUGCACUGCUUGGAAGCCAACAAGAGUUUGCCCGGACCCUUGAGCAGCUGUUUUGAGCUUGUGCGGCUCGUUACGGCCUACGUUAAUGGUGUACUUUGUUCCCAACAGCUGAUCCACGUGGAGAUUUGGACAGGUGCUGGGCAGGAAGACGCAGAGAUACAACUGGUCUUCUUCCUUGAGUAUGUCCUGCUACGAUAGAGUUUUCGAAACCUAGCAGUCGUACUCCGUACACAUGACUCUAUCGAUUGCCGAUGCACCCCCUUUUCUUCCCCCUCUCCCUCUCCAUCUCCCGCCCUAGCUAGGAUGCGGUGCGCAAAAUCUCGACAUCCAGCUUCCGGGUUCAGUGAGUCUUCAACAACGCAGCUUCAAUGGUCCCACGACAUGAUCCAAAGCCCACCAGAUCCCGCGAUCCAGCUGAAGUGCCACAACAUCCCGUGAUGGUGAUGGUAUCGCCGUCUUGCAAGAACAAUCUCUGCUCCUCCCCUCUCAGCUCGAUGGCCGCCGUUCCGUUGCGAUUCUGUUCGAGAAGACUACCUUGAGACCCGGGCGUCGAGCCGCUGAUGGUUCCCGACCCGAGCAGGUCGCCGACGUUGAGAGGACAACCCGUGAUAGUGUGGUGCGUCAGCAUCUGCGGGAAGGACCAGAGUAGGUUUUUUGCGUUGGUGCACGUGAUCGUCGUCCGGUGGCCGGCGGUUGCUGUGGUAGGAACAAUGGGCAUUUCGUCAGCGUUUUGUCUUGUUCAAAUGGUAGUGUGGUUGCUGGGCCGCAAUAUCAUUCUUCACGAGAUUUGCUUGGGCGGGAGACAAAAAGAAAGGGGGAAGAGACAAAGGAAAAGGAGGG